CCGGCUGCGCCUGCGCGCUUCACACACGUGCUGCCAGAACGCCCCCUUCGCCGGUUGGGCAGGGUCGGCGUCAUGCUGCGAAUUUCUACCUUGCGGCUGCUAGGACGCGCGCUGGUCAGUAGGUUGUCGCUCCUGGACGUCUUCAGCUCGCGCUUCUACAGUUCGGACCUUCUCGGUGCCCGCGACUGUGCCCACGAUGCGCGCGCCUACUUCACGACACCCAUUUUCUAUGUGAACGCGGCCCCGCAUAUUGGACAUCUGUACUCGGCGCUCCUAGCAGACGCUCUGUGCCGCCAACGUCGCCUCCUAGUUCCCACUGCCGCUGCCACGCGAUUCUCCACCGGUACUGACGAGCACGGCCUGAAGAUUCAGCAGGCAGCCACCGCUGCAGGCCUGGCUCCGACUGAGCUGUGCGACCGAGUCUCGGCCCAGUUCCAGCAGCUUUUCCGGGAUGCUGAUAUCUCCUCCACCGACUUCAUCCGCACCACCGAGGCCCGGCACCGGAGGGCGGUGCAACACUUCUGGGGAGUGCUGGAGGCUCGGGGUCUGCUCUACAAGGGGCUCUAUGAAGGUUGGUACUGUGCCAACGACGAGUGCUUCUUGCCUGAGACCAAGGUCAGCCGGCAGCCAGGCCCGUCAGGGGAUUCGUGUCCUGUAUCUCUCGAAAGCGGGCAUCCCGUGUCCUGGACCAAGGAAGAAAAUUACAUUUUCAGGCUUUCCCACUUCCGGAAGCCGCUCCAGCGGUGGCUGCGGGACAACCCUCAGGUGAUUACCCCUGAGCCAUUCCAUCACACAGUCCUUCAGUGGCUGGAGGAGGAGCUGCCAGAUCUGUCAGUCUCUCGCAGGAGUAGCCACUUGCACUGGGGCAUUCCGGUGCCCGGGGACGAUUCGCAGACCAUCUAUGUGUGGUUGGAUGCCUUGGUCAACUAUCUUACUGUAAUUGGCUACCCAAAUGUUGAGUUCAAGUCAUGGUGGCCGACCACCUCUCAUAUCAUAGGCAAGGACAUUCUCAAAUUCCAUGCUAUCUAUUGGCCUGCCCUCCUCUUAGGGGCCGGCAUGAGUCCACCACACCGCAUCUAUGUCCACUCCCACUGGACAGUCUGUGGCCAAAAGAUGUCUAAGAGCUUGGGCAACGUGGUGGAUCCCAAAACUUGCCUUGACCGCUACACUGUGGAUGGCUUCCGCUACUUUCUCCUUCGUCAGGGUGUCCCCAACUGGGACUGUGAUUACUAUGAUGAAAAGGUCGUUAAGUUGCUAGACUCGGAGCUGGCAGAUGCUUUGGGCGGUCUCUUGAACCGAUGCACUGCCAGUAAAAUAAAUCCUUCAGGGACCUAUCCGGCCUUCUGUACUACCUGCUUUCCCAGUGAGCCAGGGUUGGCGGGGCCAUCAGUUCGUGCUCUGGCAGAGGACUAUGCUCUGGUGAAUGCAGUGGCCACUUUGCCCAAGCAGGUAGCAGACCACUAUGCCAACUUUCAGAUCUAUAAGGCUCUGGAGGCAGUGUCCAGCUGUGUCCGGCAAACUAAUGGCUUUGUGCAAAGGCAUGCACCAUGGAAGUUGAACUGGGAGAGCCCAGUGGAUGCUCCCUGGCUGGGUACUGUGCUUCAUGUGGCCUUGGAAUGUUUGCGAAUCUUUGGAACUUUGCUUCAGCCUGUCACCCCAAGCCUAGCUGACAAGCUGCUGUCCAGGUUGGGGGUCUCUGCUACAGAGAGAGGCCUGGGAGAACUCUAUUUCUUGCCUCGAUUCUAUGGUCAUCCUUGCCCUUUUGAAGGGAGGAGGCUAGGACCUGAGACUGGGCUCUUGUUUCCACGACUGGACCAGUCCAGGUCCUGGAUGGUGAAGGCCCAUAGGACCUAAAAACUCAGUUCUUAGUGGUUUAUGGCUUGUGGUAAAAAAGCAAAUCUGUUAUUUUCUUAUUUUGCAUUUUCAGGAAAGUUAUAUUAAUGUUUUCUAAAGUGUUGCAUCACAUGAGCACAUAAGCAGUGUCCCUUUGAGAAGAGUUUUACAACCUUUCAGGUGGCCACCCCUACCUCUUCAGUUCUCUGUGCCCAUUAACCACUGUCCUUUGCACACCUGUGUCCCUAAGACGUCUCUAGGGGAAAGACGGGUAACAGGCAACUUUGCUGAUACUAUUCCUUCUUAUUGUGCCUCCUUCCCAACCACAGUUAGGUUAUUUGCCAGACUACCUCUGAUGGCUUGUUUUCCAUUGGCCUGUCAUCUGCUGGGCAAAUUAGAAUGGGGGAUUGGAGGCCCCUUACCUCAACUUUUGGGUCUACUUUGUUACAUAUGUUGAUUCUCCUUUUGAAAAGAGAUUCUCAUAUUAAAUCUUUAAAAAUCAGUGUCCUAGACUAGAUUUUUGACCGUGUUUUAUUUUGUUUUUACAACCAUGACUUCCUAUACUUUGUCUAAGUCCGAGUUGUGCAUUGUAAUAUUACACUCCAACCAGUAGAUGGCUCUAGUCUCACAUAUUAACAUUGAGGUUUUAGAAUUUUUAGAACAUAAUUGUUUUCUGCUCAUUUUGCAGAAUUUAAAGAAAAUUUUUAUUGCUUUUCUCAAAAUGAGGGAUAACUGCAACCAUUGCUGUUUUACAUAAAGCAAUGAAAAAAAGACCAGGGUCCUUAGUUCAUUUCAGACUACUGAAACAGGGCAUUUAUUCUAAAUGUUUAAAAAGCUAAUAAGUAAAUGUAUCAAGUGUGUUUGAACUAUCUAAGUUAUGAAGCUCUUGGUAUGUUAAAAUUUAAAACAUUAGUAACAGUAGAUUUAGAGGUAUGAUUAAAAAAUUAAAUUGUU